AUGAUGGCGGGGGAGCUCGUGCUGGCCGCUGUGGCGACCCUGCUCGCGUCGCUCCUGGCUCUGGUGCUCAGCCACUUCCUGCCCUUGCUUCUGAAUCCCAAGGCCCCCAAGGGAAGCUUCGGGUGGCCGCUCCUCGGUGAGACGCUGCGGUUCCUCACGCCGCACGCUUCCAACACGCUGGGCGGCUUCCUGGAGGAUCACUGCUCCAGGUAUGGGCAGGUGUUCAAGUCCCACCUGUUCUGCACCCCCACGGUGGUGUCCUGCGACCAGGACCUCAACCACUUCAUCCUGCAGAACGAGGAACGGCUGUUCCAGUGCAGCUACCCCAGGCCGAUCCAUGGCAUCCUGGGCAAGUCCUCCAUGCUCGUUGUCCUGGGCGAGGACCACAAGCGCCUCAGGAACCUCGCCCUCGCCCUCGUCACCUCCACCAAGCUCAAGCCCAGCUACCUCGGCGACAUCGAGAAGAUCGCGCUGCACGUCGUCGGCGCAUGGCGACACGACGACGGCGGGAGCGGCCGCGGCGGCGGCGUCAGGGUCGUCGCCUUCUGCGAGGAGGCAAGAAAGUUUGCAUUCAGUGUGAUAGUGAAGCAGGUGCUGGGGCUGUCACCAGAGGAGCCGGUCACUGCAAGGAUACUGGAGGACUUCCUGGCCUUCAUGAAGGGCCUCAUCUCCUUCCCUCUCUACAUCCCAGGGACCCCAUAUGCCAAGGCUGUCCAGGCGAGAGAGAGGAUAUCCAACACUGUGAAGGGCAUCAUCGAGGAGCGUAGGAGCGCUGGGUCAUGCAACAAGGGUGACUUCCUUGACGUGCUGCUGUCAAGCAACGAGCUCUCUGACGAGGAGAAAGUGAGCUUCGUGCUGGACUCCCUGCUGGGAGGAUAUGAGACCACCUCGCUCCUCAUCUCCAUGGUCGUUUACUUCCUUGGGCAGUCUGCUCAAGAUCUGGACCUGGUUAAGAGAGAGCACGACAGCAUAAGAUCCAACAAAGGGAAGGAGGAGUGCUUGACUUCAGAAGACUACAAGAAGAUGGAAUAUACCCAACAAGUUAUCAACGAGGCGCUGAGAUGUGGCAACAUUGUCAAGUUUGUGCACCGGAAGGCGCUCAAAGAUGUCAAAUACAAAGAGUAUCUGAUUCCAUCUGGCUGGAAGGUCCUACCAGUCUUCAGUGCUGUUCAUCUGAACCCCUCACUUCAUGGAAACGCACAACAGUUUCAGCCCUGUAGAUGGGAGGGCACAAGCCAAGGGACAGGCAAGAGGUUUACACCAUUCGGUGGUGGCCCCCGGCUCUGCCCAGGAUCAGAACUUGCUAAAGUAGAGGCUGCUUUCUUCCUCCAUCACCUUGUCCUCAAUUAUAGAUGGAGAAUUGAUGGCGAUGACAUUCCGAUGGCAUACCCGUAUGUGGAGUUUCAGAGAGGUCUGCCAAUAGAAAUCGAGCCAACUUCCCCUGAAUCUUGA